UCUCGCCAAGCUCAGCGCCGAGGCAUGCUGUGAGCGAGAGCGAUCUGUGCGGCGUCAGCUCCGGUGAUCUUGGAGGCGCCGCUAGCAGCUUGGUGCCGCGGGCUGGCUGGUUGUCCGUCUGGCCGGAGCUAGCUACCUAGCUCUCGAGCGAGGAGAAGAGGGCGGGAGCCAACUGAAGUGAAGCGAAGCGAAGCGAGGCAAGUGUGUGCUGUACCAGUAGUAGUGGAGUGGUGGUCGCGAACACUAUUUAUAGCGCCCCGGCCCGCCCCAGCGUGCGGCGCUCUCUCUUCUCUCUCACAGGACCACGGUUCGCGCGCGCGGGCACCGACUCCGAAAUAGAUAGAUCUCAGCUCAGCUCAGUUGGCACUUGCUCCGUCCGAAGCCCGCCCUAGCUGCUCUUCUUGCUGAUGGUCGUCUCUUGAUUGCUUGUCAGAUGGACCUGGUGCCGCAGCUGGACAGCCCGCACUCGGACAACGGCGGCGGCGGCGGCAGCGGAAGCUUGGCGUCCGGGGCGCUGUCGCCGGGGGCAUCGUCCGCAGGCACGGUGUCGGCGCUGGCGUCGCCGAGCCGGUACGAGUCGCAGAAGCGCCGGGACUGGAACACGUUCGGGCAGUACCUGAGGAACCACCGCCCGCCGCUGUCCCUUGCGCGCUGCAGCGGCGCGCACGUGCUCGAGUUCCUGCGCUACCUCGACCAGUUCGGCAAGACCAAGGUGCACACCGCCGCCUGCCCUUUCUUCGGCCACCCGGCGCCGCCGGCGCCCUGCCCGUGCCCGCUCCGCCAGGCGUGGGGCAGCCUCGACGCGCUCGUCGGCAGGCUGCGCGCCGCCUACGAGGAGAACGGCGGGCGGCCCGAGAACAACCCCUUCGGCGCGCGCGCCGUCAGACUGUACCUCCGCGAGGUCCGCGACCAUCAGUCCCGCGCCAGGGGCGUCAGCUACGAGAAGAAGAAGAAGCGAAAGAAGGCCCCGCCGCACCCCGUCCCUGCCGCCGUCAUCUCCUCCUCCCACGACGGCAACGGACACCACUACGAGCACCAGAUGCCGCCGCCACCACCGCCCGGCGCAGCGGCUUGACUAGCCGGCCGGCCCCAUGUAUGCUACUACUACCACUGUACCACAUGCACUACUGGUCGAUCUCUCUAGCUAGCUGAAGCUCCUGUCACCGACUACUAUAUAUGGAGUACCCAUCUAUCUAUCUAUAGUUAUUGGCUUCUUGCUACUGUAUAUCUAUCGAUCGAUCGAUCGAUCUGUAGUUAUAGUUUAGCGCGCUGCCACUACUAGUACAAAGACAAACCCCCUGCUGCUGCUACAAAUUACUUAGCCGGUUGCUCUUUCAUAUG